ACGAGUGUCUUGUGUUGGAGAUGUUGCAUGCAGUGAUCACGCGAUCGGACCAUAUAUCGACUUGUCUAAGUGGAGAGAGAGCCGGGCCGACGACUGGACCCGCAUCAUCACUGAACCAUGAACCGUCGACUUUGCACCGGCUGAGUAAACUGGGAGAUUUCUUUCAGAAAGCUGGGUGGUGAUUAUGCUGUCAUUUGUUUUGAGGGUUUCGAGACGGACCGACUGAGUGAGGCUGCAGUGCUGCAGUGGUGGGCGCGGCAUAGGAAUCUUAUAUGUAGCAAUAGGAAGAUCGUGCUUCAGUACAGUGACUGAGUCUGAGUGUGCACGCGGGUUGUAGACCUAAACGUGAUUUUUAACGUACUUCACAUUCCACAUUCGAGUGGGGAGAAAAAGCAAUGCCAAGCCCCAGCGACAUGAGUAAGAAUGCAGACGGGCGCUGGCCGGACAAUGUGGGCAUCAUCGCGGCCGAGAUCUACUUCCCCUCGCAGUACGUGGACCAGACACAGCUGGAGGUAUUCGACGGCAUCCCCGCCGGCAAGUACACAGUGGGGCUGGGCCAGGCCAAGAUGGGCUUCUGCACGGACCGGGAGGACAUCAACUCCCUCUGUCUGACGGUGGUCCAGAACCUGAUGGAACGCAACCAGGUGUCGUACGAAGAGGUAGGCCGCAUGGAGGUCGGCACGGAGACCAUCAUUGACAAGUCCAAGAGCGUCAAGACGGUAUUGAUGCAGCUCUUCCGGGACUCGGGCAACACCAGCGUGGAAGGGAUCGACACCACCAACGCCUGCUAUGGGGGCACGGCGGCACUGUUCAACGCGUUAGCGUGGGUGGAAUCCAGUGCCUGGGAUGGUCGUUAUGCUUUGGUGGUCGCCGGAGACAUUGCGGUUUACGCGACCGGAAAUGCCAGGCCGACCGGAGGUGCUGGUGCCAUCGCGAUGCUGGUGGGACCCAACGCUCCACUGGUUGUUGAGCGAGGACUAAGACACACCCACAUGGAGCACGUGUACGAUUUCUAUAAGCCCGACAUGGCGUCCGAAUACCCCCGGGUAGACGGCAAACUCUCUAUCCAGUGCUACCUGGGGGCGCUAGACAAGUGUUACAAAGGAUACUGUGCCAAGGCCGAAGCUCUUAUGCAGAAAGAGGGCGACGCCAGCCGCUGCAGUUUAGACAAGUUUGAUGCCGUGUGCUUCCACAGUCCGUUCUGUAAGCUCGUCCAGAAGUCCCUGGCCCGCCUGGUGCUGAAUGACUUCCUGCGGGAUCCCAACCCCAGUACAGAAGAGGGGGGGCGCUACGCCGGCCUCAACGGUUACAAGGACCUGAAGUUGGAAGAGACAUUCAUGGAUCGGGACGUUGAGAAGGCCUUCAUGACUUGCAGCAAAGACAUCUUUGCCGCCAAGACCAAGCCCUCCCUCCUCAUCGCGAACCAAGUGGGUAACAUGUACACCCCCUCACUGUACGGUGGACUGAUCUCGUGCUUAGCAAGUCUUCCCCUGGAGGAGCUGCCGGGCAAGAGGAUAGGCCUGUUCUCUUACGGCUCGGGCCUGGCCGCCUCCCUCUUCUCGGUCCGCAUCUGCGGGGACACAGCCCCCGGCUCGCCCCUGUGGAAGCUGCGGGCCAGUCUGGAUGACCUGCGCUUCCGGUUGGACUCUCGGAAGUGCGUGGAGCCGGCUGUGUUUGCCGAUGCCAUGCAGCUGCGGGAGAACACCCACCAUCUGGCCAAGUAUGCACCGGUGGGCUCCGUUGACGACCUCUUCCCCGGCACCUGGUACCUGACGUACGUCGACGAGAUGCACAGGAGGAAGUACUCCCGCAAGCCACUGUCGGACCUCCCCUCACCACGGGUCGACUCCGCCCCUGUGUCUUCCCCCAUAGAUACCUUGAAGUCCGCUGUUACUCCUCAAAAGAGAAUGGAAGAGGCCAAUUCCAGCACGGCAGUCUCCAAUUAGAGGCGAGGCACCAGAAAGGGAGAUGUUUGCCAACGUUGUCAGUUAUUGAAAUGUGUCACUAGACCGGCAGGUCAAGAGGGGAAGCUAUUGUUGGAAACCAGGCACUGUUGGGGCCAUAUCGUGGCAAUAUUGCCCCACCCACAUCGUACCGGUAAUUGCAUCUAGACAAAGUCAGUGACCAUGGUGACUCUAUGGAUGAUCAUUUGCUCAGGCAUGCAACUUUUGCUCAGAUUGAUCCAAUUUUUGUUUUUCCCUUUACACUCGCGCCAUUGAUAUCUGAAAACCACCCUACAAAGUCUUGUCAAGAUUGGAAUUGCCUCAUUUUUUAAAAUCAAAGUCCAAGUUGCAUGCCUGUUUGCAUCCCCCAUGGCGAAAUGCACUGUGAUAACUAUCGUACAGAGCCGUGACAGUUGCCGUGUACAAAACCCAACACAGUGCUUUUACGCCAUUAAAGGGGCCAUCUGAAAUGUCCAGUGAUACAUUGCUAGAUCCGUCUGUACGUGAGGGCUUGGGAAUAGCGCCUCAUAAAAAUGAGUGUGCUAAUGUUAUGAAACAUGGUCGACUUAGCUCAGAAGAUUACCAUUUAGAGAGCGCUCGUUUUGUUGAGACUCAAUCUGAAACCAUCUGGUGAUCUCUGUCGCAGGCCGUCAUCGAUGUAGGGGGAAAACCCAUCCAAGUGAUAAACAUACAGGCCCCAUAAAUCCUUUUUGAAAUUUGACGGUGCUGUGGGUGGCCAAGGCUUGUCAAGCAUUUGGUCUUGGGCUUUUGUUUGUUUGUUUUUUUCCCACCGCCAUAUUGUUGCGGUUUAUCAUCCCUACUCAUCAAAAUCGCUUGUUUUAAACACUGCCUUCCAGUAAUAUCGCCCUCUCUUGACUACUUGGGGACAACAUUUCUUCUUGUUUUUUACAUAAAUGUAUUGGAAUGUAUUCAAGUUGUAUAACUUGUGUUAUUAUGAAAUCCAAGAUAAUUUUUAAACAGGGCACAUCAUGCUCCACCUGAAAAAACGAUGUUGGUCCAUCGUACAAUGUGCGUGGAAACACAAGAUCUUGUAUCAAUCGGUCAGUGCUACUUGAGGGCAAAAGCAGACCUGAUCCCACCACAUGACACUUGAGCAAUUUGUUCAUUUCUUUGACAAGUAAAUUCUGCCUAAGAGAGUAUAUGCAGUGUCGGGUGAUUUGUUAAAUCACUCGGGUUGACAUCCUAAUGAGUACUGCUGUUACACGGGUAAAAGUGUCAAACAAAUUCUCAUUGAUUUCCAGUGAAAAGGAUUUGUUCAUGGGCUUGUUAGCUUUGUGGACUCAAGACUCAUUUUGUUGGGCUGAGCUGGGCUAUGCUUUGAGAUUUCACCUGAAGUGAUCCGUCAUCUGGAGAUGUAUUCCAGUAUUAAACAGAACCCGAAGACUCAAGUGGGGAGCCACCUUGAGCAUGACGGUUUAGGACCAAAAGGUUGCACUCUGACCGAUUGAAAAUAACUUCGUGCGUAUCUAGAAGUCAGUGGUGCAUAAUUAGGCUGUGAAAGAUGUUAUGUCCACAGUGAAUUGAAUAGUGACAUGCUAGUUAUAUGUGUUAAGUGGGUUCUGUAUAUGAACGAGAAGGAGCGUUUCGCCAUGCAGCAAUCCGUCGAGGGCAGUGCUGAGCAUGUAUAAGAAGCUGGACAUUUAUUUGCUCAUGUUAAGUAUAUAGCAGUGUUAUGGGGGAUGAGUGGUUCAUGUAGUGUCUCCAAAGUUGGAAUACCUUACAACGUUUCGAUGAGAACAUUGUUGAUUCCGUUCUUGAACACCUGCUCUUCUGAAUGGAGUAGUUUGGGAACUAGGCCUGUUCCCAAAGGGGAACCGUGGUCGAUGUCUGUGCACACUUCACUCAUUCCAUUUGAGAACAUGACGGGAACACAGCAAGUUUCCAAAUGGUACUCAGUGUUCCCCGAAAGGAGCAUUCCUGUUCACCGGGGUGCAUUGCAACUUCCGAGGUAUCCCCGAGGUGUCUGGCAUGUGUUUGCCUUGGCCCCAGGGAUGAUAUUGCACCAGUGAUGUGUACUCCAGUGUUGCCUUUCAGUGUAACCACAAUAGGAGGGGGGGGGGCUACAUGCUUGGGCACGGAGCCAACAAACACGCAUUAAUUCUACAAGUAGCUGCAACAAGAUGCUCCAGGCGAUGCAGAGCGCCACCAGGAGGUUGCCAGGACAGGCUUUUUCCCAGGGCAUAAUGGGCUAACUGCUCUGUGCUCAAAACACUUACAUUUUUUUUCCCGAAUUUUUGUUUAGCUUGGUUGAAUUCGAAAUUGCUCAUCGUGAACUGAUGUUAGUAAAAAUGAAGGUGUUUGUGUGAUGCGGGGAACGACUCAAUCAAACAUCCCCAAAGUACGUACAGAGUGCUCUUAAUCGCGGCAGCCCGUCUGCGCAAACUGUUGGUGGUACACUGUAUUGUGAAUUGCCCGUGUUGCACUUGUGAAUGUCCUGAAAUACCUAAAAGAAUUUAAAUGGUUUCACCAUUGCUGCUAAAUGGUAAAACAAUCGUAGAAGUGGCAGUACUGACUAUAUGUGUUUUCAACCUCUGGCUGUGAUCCCUAAGCUGUAGCGGAAAAAAAAGUUGUGCACUGUAUUUAGUUACUACUAAAAAAGUCAGUGGCUCCAAAAAUGGGUGAUUAGCUGAAAUGUUUGCUUUCCUGUAAAACUUUGCAAGGGGGAAACUUGGAAUUGUAAAGUGGGGAGCAAACCCUCUCCACUUAUCGCUUCCAACAAUGAUGGCAUUUUUUUUUUUCAUUGAGCAGGAAAUUCCAACAGAGAUUCUGCAUGGCGGCCAUUUUUCUGGUAAGAACUCUUGUUCCGCAGGGAUCCACAUGAGUAGACCUUCUGUACUAUCCCUCUGCAACAAAAGCCAUCGCCGGAGAGAUUGCUGCCAUGCUGAACCUGUCUAGGUGUUAUUCACAGGGAUGCUAUUUUCGGUCUUGUUCCCUGAAUCUAUCAUAUUCAGUGUAAUCUGUUAUGGGGUGGUGCCAGAGUGGUUUUGGUUGUGAGCCUCGCUUUCAGUUUCUUUUCUUUUUUGUGUGGCGUAAAAUGUUCAUAUAUAAUUAACUUACCACAAAUUUUAAAUUGUCCUGAAGGUAAACUGGCAUGACUUUGUUAUGGAGUUUAUUUUGUUACUGUUAUUUUUUACUCUCAGGUACCCUAAAUGAAAAGUUAACCUCACUUUCAAUUCAAGAUGGCCGACACAUGAAAUGCAGUAUAGUGCAAUUGUAUUGAAGUUGAGGAAGAAUCAAAAUCCAACAGGGCCACUUGGAACUCAUCGAUUGCCAGCCUUUUUGUUGAGUGGAGAGCUGGGGCUUGAUUGGAAGGGUUCGAAGGUCAUAUGUAUCAGUCCGUCCUGGUGCCCCCAGGUUCCCCCCACUUAAAACAAAAACAAAAAAAAAACCAGACAAAUGAAUAUUGAACAAGGAUAACAAAACCUUGCCCCCAAAAUACACCACUGAUAGCUGGUGCCCCCGUAACUGAGAUGCUGGUGCCCCCUUGCACCCCCCCACUAGUAAAAUCCUAGCUACGCCCGCCAUUGCUCUGAUGUUAGGCAGAGCGGUUUAUUAAGAGAGAGUUGCGACAUGGGUGUCUCAAUUAUUGGAGUCAAAAUGGUGGAUUAUGUGUCAGUGCAGAUGGACAGCACACGAAAGCUGUGUGCUAUACUGCGCACACACUGAACAGCCAUUUUGGUUCCAAUAUGUGAAGUUGGCGCUAUUCUCCCGAUGUACAGCUCUGACAUUAAAUCUUCGAUGGCGCCCCCGCCGAGGCGCUUCUGUGUUUUCUGUGGCCGUGCACUUUGACUGCUUAACCACUCCAGUGCAAUCCUUCUGUAUCAUUCAGUUAUAACCGAGGAAGAAAUUCAACUGAAAUUUCAAAAUCCUAGACGACAAAACUGCCUGACUUUUUAAAAUUUUGUACACGGGAUUACCAAAGCAUUCUUCAUAUUCGGGAACAAAUGAAAUUCCUUAGGAAUUCCAUUUCUUUUUGGCAUGAAUAAGUUUUGUAACCACUUGUUUAUUUAAAGUCUUGAGACGUAAUUUGCCUAACAUUCCAGCAUGGAAGGAACGUGAUUCCUCUCUUGAACACACAGUUAUGUGACAGUUGUUAGCACAUCUAUGCACAAAAGUGAAUGCGGUUUUAAUUUGUACAUUAUUUUUAAACACACUUUUAAGACUUAAUUAAAUAUGCACAGAAAUAAAUGUAACCAUUAAACCUAUAUCAAGAGGCAUUACGGGGAUACAAAGCACUAACUGUUUGUGAUUAAGGACUUGGCAACAAAAAGAUCCGAACCUUUGUGUUUAGAAAAAAAAUUACAUACACCUAAAUAAAUGACCAUUAAACUUAUAUCUGGAGACAUUAGAAGGGUACAACACGUUAACUUUUGGUGAUAAAGGACCCCCCCACCUAACCCUCCAUGUUUGGAAAAGAGAUGAUUUUUUAAUAAAAAAGAUUGUGAGAAGUUUCAACUA